AUUGUACAGCUCGCGAGGAUGAUGAUGGUAUUGGUAGAUUGGCGUUGUGGCCUUGCGGGUCUUCGUUUCCCUCGUCGCCUGGCUAGUCGACGAGGUGUCUGUGGUUUUGUCGCUAUGGAGUCAGGCAUGGAAUUGGAACGGAACGGAGCUUAUCCUCAACCCAUCCACCCAGGUCUCACUCGGAUCGGUUGGAUCGGCGUUGGCGUCAUGGGCGCCGCCAUGGCCGCUCGCCUUUGCACCGCCGGCUACUCCGUCUCCGUGUACGCCCGCACCCCCUCCAAGGCCGAGCACCUCCGCAGUGUCGGCGCCCACUUCGUUCCCUCUCCAGCCGACGCUUCCCGCGGCGCUGAUGUCGUAUUCACCAUGGUCGGCCAUCCAUCCGAUGUCCGCGAGACCCUCCUCCACCCCGCCACCGGUGCCCUCGCCGCCCUCCCCCCUGGUGGAGUCGCGGUAGACUGCACCAGCAGCGAUCCGACCCUCGCGCGCGAGAUCGAGGCGGCGGCGGCGGCCAAGGGGUGCUGGACUGUGGACGCGCCGGUCUCGGGCGGGGACGUCGGGGCCAAGGAUGGCACGCUGGCUAUCCUCGCCGGCGGCAAUGAGGGGGUAGUUCGAUGGCUGUCGCCGCUGUUCGAGAAGCUUGGUACGGUUACGUGGAUGGGGCCGGCGGGGAGCGGGCAGAGCAGCAAGAUCGCUAACCAGAUCGCUAUCAGUGGCACCAUCCUGGGACUCAGUGAGGCAAUGGUGUUUGCGGAACGGGCCGGACUGGACGUCCCUCUGUUCUUGGACGCGGUGCGUGGUGGGGCGGCGGGGUCGAGAGCGUUGGAAAUCUUCGGGAAGAGGAUGACGAUGAGGGAUUUUGCUCCCGGCGGAUUUGCAGAGUACGUGGUGAAAGACUUAGGGAUGGGAUUGAGAAGAGGAGAGGGCGAGGGAAAGGAGGAAGCGGUGAAGGACGUGGUGUUGCCGGGGACGGCAUUGUGCCAGCAAUUGUACCUGGCGAUGGUGGCCAAUGGAGACGGGAAGAUGGGCAGCCAUGGGCUGAUCACUGUCAUCCAGAGACUCGACGGAAAGCAGCCAUAGAUGCUGCACAUGGAGGGAACACAAUCAGCAAACUCAGAGCUGAGACCUCUAUAGUAGUAAAAUAAAUGAUCCAGAGAUCAGGCAUCCAAUUUUAUGGUAAGCUUUGGAUUGCGUGCAGCUAGUCAUUAUUGUUGGACCGCAUUCCAAGUGAUCAAAGGAUAUGGGGCAGAAAACAACAAGAUUGUAGCUAUAAUUUUGCUGAUUACGUAUAUCUUCUCUUCACAUUUGCUUAUCCAAAAAUCUAACAAGGUUGCGUCUGUUAACUCGAAAACAGGGGAAUUCUUAUUUUAACCAAAAACAUGAAGCAAAUGGCCAUAAGACAUUACAUCUGACUUGGAACUUUGCAGCGCAUGAGAAUUCAGCAAAUGCAGAGUUUUUCUUUCAAAUUUCCGGUCGAUAAGCUUGACAGUAGCCAAUCUCACCUGUUCCACUGGCCAUCAUCGAAGUUCUUUGAGUAGCUCUCUUCAUCAUAGCCAAAUCUGAGUGGCUUUGAGCAGCAGAUGCCCUUGCCUUUCUUCAUCAAUCUCUUGAGAAUACUGAGCCAGUUGAUCCUCUGCCUCCUCUCGUAAUCUCCAUCUUCUUCCUCUUCCUGUCCGAGGAGGUGAAACUGGGAUUGAUCUCGCGGAACCAGGCAGCAGGAGUGAGGGUUGAUGCAGCUGCCGAGGAAGGAAGAGCCUGCUGGGGAAUCCAUGGAUCAAUUCCAGACUUGAUGCAAACGGAAGGGAUGGUACUCCAAGAUUCAAAAGAGGAUGGUUUGGAAGUAAUUACACAUGGACUUAGCUUGGCAUUCUGUGCGAGUGCCCAUAUGCAUCAAGGCUUAUUAUUAUCAUCAGCGUCUUUUUGUGCAAAGAUCAAACACUGGUGCAAUAUCAAAUUAUUGACGUGGUGGAAUGCAUACCUGCACGGCACAGGUUUCUAAAUCGCUCUCCAGGAAAAGCUUCUUCUUCAUAUUGGUAAGUAAAUCUUCCUUGAACCCCAAGCUGUUUCACUAUGGUGAUGAGAAAUUAAUCAAUUUUGGUUUACUUAGAAUCAUUUUUAGUUUGAUAAGGAUUUUCAGUGACAUUGUAAACUGUGAUAUUACCGUAAUAAUAAAGAAUAAACUGUGAUAUUACCGUAAUAAUAAAGAAGAGAAAAAGACUAAAGAGGAUGCAGAGAACAGCUAAGCAAUGCCCCAAAUAAUUUGGGUGUAAGUAUGAAGGUGCGGACCAAAGGGGACAACGUUGAUGGAUUGGAAUGGACAAGUGAUCGGCGACUUCUUCGGAAUGCUCACAAUGUCCCAAGGGACUCAUUCAAAAUCAGUCACUUUAUUUUAUUUUGGGUAAAGCUGGAAAGCUAGACAAAUUUAUAAAUUUCAUUUAUGUGAAUAUGAGCGAUCAAUGUAAUGAUUAUUUUUAAUUUUUCUAAUUGUCCUUGAAGAUCAUGCAUCUUGAAGAUUUCACUAAUAGUCUUAACAUUUUCAUAGAUAUGUAAUAGAUAGACACCAUAAUUGUUAAUAGAAAUGUCAUAACUAUGGUCUUUAAGACUCAAA